CGCUGAGCAGCGCAAUGUGUGGAAGUGUUCGCGGUCUGAUAACAAACUUUACAUGAACUCUGUGCGGUUUAAUCUGCGGCCGGAAACACAAACUUUAAUUUUUUAUCAGUUUUAUAAACUCUCUGUUUCCGGUGGGAAAAACUCUCCCCCAUGAAUUCAGCCCUUUAUCCUCCAAACUGCUGCCUCCAGUCUCGCUCCGUCCUCCGGUGGAAAUCCUGUUUGUGCAGCUGGAAAUGAGGCUUCACUGAAGGGAGUGGGAGCCCGAGCCGAGCCGAGCCGGACCGAGCCGAGCUGACCCGGUUCCUUAAUGUGAGCGACGGUUUAAAAACAUCCUCCGUCAGAAAUAAUGAGAAGAUGAAGCUGCUUCUGUGGAUCCUACUGGUUUUACUGGGGACUCAUGAAGGGACCUGUGGGAACGGUGUGUUUUUCACGAAGCAUCCGUCCAAUCAGACGGUCACUCAGGGGAACGCCGUGAGGCUCGGCUGUGCUGUUCAGGGAGUGAUGGAGCCGGACAUUGUGUGGAUGAAGGACGGAGAGAAACUUUACAGCACCGACCAGAUGUUCAUCACACUGGGAGAGCAGCACUGGGAGACAUACCACAGUGUGAAGUCGGUCCAGCAGCAGGACGCGGGUCAGUACUGGUGUGAGGUUGAGUUCCACGACCUGACGUUCUCCUCUGAACGAGCCUGGAUCACAGUGGAAGGUGUCCCUCACUUCAUCCAGGAGCCGCAGGACGUGGCCACGUUCCCAAACGUCCCCUUCAACCUCACCUGUGCUGCCGUCGGCCCCCCCGAGCCUGUGGAGGUGCUGUGGUGGCUGGGUGGAGUCCAGGAGGGAGAGCCCAGACCGUCCCCCUCUGUCCUCCACGUCCAAGGAGUGAACAGCAGUGUGAAGUUUUACUGUGAAGCGAAGAACACCAGAGGGAUCUCCGUCUCCAGAACAGGAACCGUCCACAUUAAAGUGUUGCCGGCAGCACCGGUCGGGCUGCAGGUCCUGAGGAUGGUGGACAACAACGUCACAUUGUCAUGGAAACCAGGAUUCACAGGACACUCUGAGCUGUCCACCUGCGUCCUCCAGCUGUCGAGGCGUUCAGUGCGGAGGUGGGACCUCCCUCAGCAGGAGUUUCAGGUUCCUCCUCACCUCCAGGUCCUGUCUGGUUUGAGGAGUCACUCCAACUACAGCGUCAGAGUGUCCUGUGUGAACGAGGUGGGGGCGUCGCCCUUCAGCCCCUGGCUGCACUUCCUGACGCCUGAGUCAGUGCCGUCGGCGGCCCCCAGGAACCUGACGUUUGAGCUGUCGGAGCAGCAGCUGGCUCUGAACUGGGCUCCGCUGCAGGAGGAGGAGCUGCAGGGGAAACUGUUGGCCUACAAGGUGCAGUGGACUCUGGGAGGAGAGCCACAGGUGAGAGGUCAAAGGGAGCCGCUGCUGUUCAAGGAGAACUGGGCUCAGCUGUCAGGAGGAGGACGCUUCUUCAACGCCUCCUUCCAGGUGUCGGCGUGCACCUCCGUGGGCUGUGGACCCUGGAGCCCCCCGGUGCUGGUGCUGCCCGCCUCAGUGCAGGUCCAGGCGCAGCGGAGCCACAUGUGGGUCGGCCUGCUGCUCGGCCUGCUGGUGGCCACCAUCGUGGGACUGCUGCUCACCAUCAUUGCUCACCGCCGCGGCAAAGAGACGCAGUUUGGUUCGGCCUUCAAGCCUCCAGGUCCUGAGAGCUCCGUCUCGUUCACGGCAGCUCGAUCCUUCAACAGAAACUGUGUUGAGCUGCAGGAGUCCACAUUGGACAGUCUCGGUAUAAACGAUGACCUGAAGAACAAACUGCAGGACGUCCUGAUCCCAGAGAGGCUGCUGACACUGGGUCACAUGCUGGGGAAAGGUGAGUUCGGCUCGGUGCGUGAGGCGUUCCUGAAGACGGAGGACUCGUCUGUCCAGAAGGUGGCGGUCAAAGUGCUGAAAUCUGACAUCACUUCGUCAGGUGACAUCGAGCAGUGUCUGAAGGAGGCGGCCUACAUGAAGGACUUCCACCACCCCAACGUCAUCCAGUUAAUCGGAGUGAGUCUUCACCGACGUCCUGGUCAGCGGCUGCCGAUCCCGAUGGUGGUUCUUCCGUUCAUGAAGCACGGAGAUCUGCACACAUUCCUGCUGCUGUCUCGACUCGGAGAACAUCCAUUUGACCUGUCUCUGCAGACGCUGCUGCAGUUCAUGUUGGACAUCUCUCGGGGGAUGGAGUACCUGAGCAGCAGGAGCAUCAUCCACAGAGACCUCGCUGCCCGAAACUGCAUGCUGAACGAGAACAUGACGGUGUGUGUGGCGGAUUUCGGCCUCUCUAAGAAGAUCUACAGUGGAGAUUAUUACCGACAGGGCUCCGUCUCUAAACUUCCUGUCAAGUGGAUCGCUCUGGAGAGUCUCGCCGACAAUGUGUACACCACACAGAGCGACGUGUGGGCGUUUGGUGUGACGAUGUGGGAGAUCAUGACCCGAGGUCAGACUCCAUACCCCGGUGUGGAGAACUCUGAGAUCUAUGAGUUUCUGAUCAAAGGAGAGCGACUGAAGAAACCUCCAGACUGCAGAGAUGACAUUUAUGAGAUCAUGCACAGCUGCUGGAGUCCCGUCCCCAAAUGUCGUCCCAGUUUUCAACAUCUGGUCAUCCAGCUGGAGGCGCUGUGGCUCAGCCUGUCCCCCACCCCCCCGCUGAAGGAGCCUCUGCUCUACGUCAACCUGGAGGGGGACGACGGGGAGCCAGGUGGAGGAGGGGCGGUCGGGGUCAGGGCCCUGGGGCCGGAGGAGGCUACAGCGACAGCUGCAGCCGGGCCCACAAGCUGGAGCGUCCCUUGGCAGCGCAAGGCGGAGGACGAGGAGAAGGACUGGCUGAUGGUGGGGUCAGGGGCGGCGCUCGCCAUCGGAGGAGACUACAGGUACAUCAUCGGCCCCUGUGGGGCCCCCGAGGAGGAGGAGGAGGAGGAGGAGGAAGGUGUGGGCGGAGGAGGAAGGAGGGGGGAGUCGAUGGACACGUUACAGGAAGAGGUCAGAGAUGAAGAGGAUGAUGUGGUCAUUAAUGUCUGACCAAUCACAGCACUCCUCCUCUCACCUGAUAGGACAUCUAACUGAGCUCAUUAGUCAGCUGAUCAGAGAGGGACGCUCACUUUAUGGCACGGAGCAGCAGCAGGCGGGUGGAGACUGAUGAAGGUACAAACUGUCACUCAUCACAAUCAGUACCUGGAAUACACACCAAUACUCUGGUACUCUGAUUACCGCUGAUACUCUGAUUACAGCUGAUACUCCAAGUACUUCUUUAGGUCAGUCUCAUCUUUCCUUUGAGAUGUCUUUUCAAAGGAAUACUGUAACAUUGUGGUAACUGUACUAAUAUAUACUGAAAGUGAAUUAUGUCACUGUGACGUGUUAGCGUAGCUUAGCACAAAGACUGGAAGCAGGGGGAAACUGUUAGCCUCUGUCAGAGCUAAUAAAUCUUAUAAAGCAGAUAUUUAACCCCUCACUGACCGUCUGGAUGCAGCCGGCUGUGUGUUAAAUGCUCAGUCUGAAGGUGGAUCACUCACUGAGCUUCACUAUGUGGACAAAAGUAUCUGGACGCUCACUUUAUAGAUGAGCCCCACAUGAGUUUAAAAUCUCUUCCUCUUACAUUAACUCGCUUUUUUGUCAUAUCAUUCCUUUAUUGAAAUGCAGACACAAAGUAGCAGAAAUAUAGAUAGAAAACAAACAGCUGUCAGAAGGAGAUGUGUACAUACCGAUCAGAAUUAUAUAAUUAAUCAAGCCGGCUGGAGGUGGCAUGUAGUUACCAUGGAGACGACUGAAACCUCACUAAUUUAUGUGGAAUGUCGCUCAUCAAAAGUGUCGAGCGUCUUGCUGUGAAUCAGCCUCACAGCAGAGGAGUUGAGUCUGUAAUAUAUUUUAAAAUGUAAAUGUAUCUGUAUUAAUAUGUGACUGUUUCCAGUCUGACACUGAGGUCACUGAUGGAGGUCAAACCCGUCAGAUGUCUCCACAAUUUGACCGCACAGAGAUCAUAAAUUAAUUUGGUCUAUAGUGCAAGUUUAGCUGAAGCUGUUUGACGUGCUGGGACUUUGAAAUUGUCGACUAAACAAAGUUUGGCUCCAGACACAGUGUUUAAAUGUUUGUUGUUAAUACUGUGUUCCAUUAAAGCACAUUAUAAACUGAAAUGAUGGGCCCUGAAGGCAUCAUCUGCAUUAUUAUCUGAUCAUACUGACAGGAAGUGAAGGGGCCACUGAGGUAGACUAUUUGUUUUUGUCUGGCACAGAUUCUGGUCUUCUUCCCCACAUUCCCAUGUGCCUAUUAUUUCAUACUUGGGUCACCUGAUAUUUCUUGUUGAUUGUGAGCAGUGUGAGUGUUUCUGUUUUAUUGACGUCAGGAGUUGAGGGGAUUUGUGACCUUUUCACAGACAAAUAACUUGACAGUAUUUUUUUUUUCAUACAACUUUAUUCAAAUUUCUGAUCAGCAGCUUUAGUCAGGUUUCACGUCUGUACGUCAAACUUAUGUAUUUUCCAUCCUGGACUCUAUUUUCUCAUGUUUGUGUGUCAAAGUGACUAAUGAGAACAACUGUUUUUGAAACUGGUCCAGUACUGAGAGAGCACAGCAUGGUCAUGUUCACACUGUUAGUGUAUGUCCACUAAAAGUGCUUUUGUCACUGACAGGCUCAGAUUGUUAUUUUAGUGUCUGACAACAUUGUGGAAAGGAUCCCUACAGAGAUAGAGCUUUGUGUUAAAGAGUAAGAUCCUUUUUGUUUAACCAGAAACAGCAAUGAAAUCACCAAACCGACCAGACUCCAUUUAAAUUAACUGUAAUUUUAGCAUGUAUAGUGGCAGCAUGUUUUCACAUGUAACUGGGUGAAUUACGGGUUAAUUUAAGCCAAACAAGAGUUGGUGAUUAAUGGAACAGUGAAAAGAUGGACCAAGACUGUUUUGUGAGUUCUAUUUAGAUUCUGUCAACUUUGAAUGAAGUGUCUUUUAUGAUGCUAAAAUUCCUCUUUGUUUAAAUGGAGUCUGGUGGGUUUGGUGAUGGUGAUUUUGGGGCUGUUUCUGGUUAAACUUAAAGCAUCUUACUCCUUAACAAAAAGGUUUAUCUCUGUAGGGAUCCUUUCCAUAAUGUUUUCAGACACUUAAAAUCACAAUCUGAUCCUGUCAGUGACAAAAACACUUUCAGAAGAAGUACACUGACAGUGUGAACAUGACCUAAGUGGUUACUUUGCAGCUUGUUACACAGCUUCAGCGCUCACUCUUUAUACUAGACCAGUUUCAUAACUGUUGAUCCCAUCAGUCACAGAAACAUAAGAAAAAAAGAAUCCAGGUUAAAAAAAUACAGAAGUUAUCCUUUUGUUAGUGAAGCAGGUUAGAAUUAUAGUCUGAAUCACAGCAUUCCUGAUGGUUUUCUGUAAUUUACUGAUGAAUCAACUGAAAAUUAAUCUGCUACUAUUUGAUAAACAAUUAAUCAUUCAAGUGAAUGUUUUAAAUUUGCUGACUGCAGCUUCUCUGCUAUAAAAAUGAGCUUUUCUUUGUCUUACAUUAGGCUACAUUGAAAAUCAGUAACUUGCCCUCAGAUCAAAACAUGUGAACAUGCUGAAAUUUGACAUUUUCCCUUUAAUUGAAGGUUUAAAGUGAGAUUAUGUAACUUUUGCUGACUGACAGCGACUGUAUUGGUCAUGAGUGAUGAUUACAUGUCACGGUAACAAAAGUCAAACAGACUCAAUUACAACAUACAUCUGUCUAACAUUAGCUAACAUUGGCCACAUAAGCUGCUGGUCAUACCAGACUAGGGAUGUCAGUUUUGGUUGAUUUUGCUUUCAACAGCCCGACAUCCAUUAACUGGUAACUAACAGGUCAAUUUAUUAAGAAAAGAAAUGCAAAAUGAUGUGAAAUACAGGAGGCCUUUAUUUUAGCUUGGCGCACCAUUGACUCAGUGAGCAUUAGCGUCGCAUUUCAAACCUUUUCGCACUGGUGAAAUUUUUAAUUUUUGUAAUGUAUGUCUUGCCUUUUAUUAUAUUUUCUGUUAGCUUUGCUGACAGACAGCAGGCCAGUCACAUUAACACAUGGAACCAUAGUGCCCACUGCCCACCCUCCGGUCUCCACUGGUUGGCUAAUGUUAGCCUUGGUUGCUCUGCAUUAAGCAGCAGCCAUGUUGGGCGGGAGCUAGCUAGUGGAGCUACUUGUUGGGGGAUUAUGGAAACAUGGUGGUCACCCUCUGCUCUCACCCAGGUCACCCCGUUGAGUAAACAGCUUCAUUUUGAGCUGCAAAACAACUUAAGCAUGGCUAACUAUGUUAGAGGAUAUUUUGAGUGUCUAACAGCGUUAGAAUUUCAUGUUGUGUGGAUAUUAGCAUGAUGUUUUACAGAUAUUUGGGGUUUUGUUCUCAUACAUUAUAACUAAAUGUUGUUACUCUAUGUAUAGAUGAUGUUGGCAUGAAGUGCUUAGAAGACGUUGGGUCAUGGUUACCAAACAACACAACUUAAAACCAACAAAAUAUUAAUGUCAUCUGUCGUCAGUAUUCCACAUCACAUUAACAUUGGCAUUAGAUGUUUUGAAGUUGAAUUUUGGUCACCUGAUGUCACAACCUAAAUUCAAAUCAUCAUCAAAUGAUGUUGGUGACCAGCUGGAAUUGCAGCCAUAUAAUAAUAUAGUUCCUUCAGUUUAUCUUAAAUUAAAACUAAGUUUUAAGGCCUUAAUUAUUUGAGUUUAUUUUGUGUUAAUAUGGUGCAUUUCAGUAAAUACAUAUUUGUUUAAUAAAUACACAGUGUACAGAGGGUGGGUGUGAUCGGGGGGGUCUUUGGGGGCCCAUGGCACAUUGUUGUCCCGGGGCCCCAGCAGUGGUUUAAUCCGGCCCUGCUGUAUAUAAUGUUGUGUAUUUGAAUUCUGCUGCUCUACUUGUACAUUUCCAGACUGUCUAACAUCAAAAUGAAGCUGUUAAUAAGAUUUUAAUUACUUGAAGCAUUUCAUGGGAACACUGUAAAAACUGCACUAGACACGUUCUCCUUUAGAAUACCACUAAACCAGAUGUUGUAUAUUUGAGUCAGAUGUACUAUAAAGAUGUAAUUAUGUAUUUUAGAAAUCUGGGAUGUUUUAUUGAUCCUGGGCGUGAAGUUAACCGGUUCAUAUGUUGCUGGUGUCUGAUGUUAAUUUCCUGCCCUGAUGUUUGAAUUUAACUUUCUCUUGACGUGUCUGUCUGCACCACUCGUGUCGGAAUAUCAAGGGACUGACUGUAUGUUUUAAUGUAUCUCAUGUUUUGUAUGUUGAUGUAUAAAACCCUCGUAGAGGUCAAACCCAGGGGCUGAUGUCACGUCCUUACCUGUCUGUCUACCACUGACUUCAGAUCUGUACAGAGAGCACAUGUGAGACUCUUUUGACAAAGGAAUAAAGUGUUAUUUGCAUCACAUUGA